AUGAGGGUGAGGUUUUGGGAGGAGGUUUGGGCUGGGGGUAAACCUUUGAAAUUCGUCUUUCAGAGAUUAUACAAUCUAUGUCUGGACAAAAGAGGUUUGGUGGGGGAAUCGGGCUACUGGGAGAAUGGCGAGUGGAAAUGGGAGAUUGGAUGGAGAAGAGAGUUGAGAGAGGAGAGGGAUAGAGAGAUGUGGGAGGCUAUGACGACGUUUAUUUCUCAAGUUUUUCCUUGUGCAGGUAAGGAAGAUGAAUGGAGCUGGAAAUCUGGUAAAGAUGACGUUUUUACAACAAAGGCGGCAUACGAUAUCAUCGCGGCCUCCAAUAAUGGGCAAUUCCCGGAGGAGGAAGUCGAGGCAGCAAAAGUUUGGAAGGCUAAGGCACCCCAUAAGACAAUAGUUACGGCUUGGAGAGGCUUGAUCAAUAGAUUGCCUACAUGCGAUAAUUUGCUUAAAAGGAAUGUCUCCAUUGGUUACGAAGAGAGAUGGUGUAAUUCGUGCGUGAUGCAAGAGGAAACAGCGGAGCACAUCUUCCUUCACUGUCCCAAAGUCGAGAUGGUGUGGGAUCAAAUUCAUCAAUGGAUCGACUUAAAAACAGCCAAGCCAAAAGGUAUCUUACAACACUUUAAAUCCUUUGUUCUUGGAGUUAAAAGGAAAGAAGGGAGAAAACUGCUCCUUGCACUGUGGGUUGGAAUUAUUUGGCUGAUUUGGAAAUACAGAAACGAGAGUAGGUUCGAAGGUAGGGUGUGGGAUGCCAGUCAACUUGUUUUGGAGAUGAAGGGUAGAUUAUGGAGUUGGAACAAGAUUUUUCACCUUGUAGAUGAAAAUGUUUCCUUCUCUUCAUGGUGUUCAAGUGAACACAAACUCUCCUUUUUGUAA